AUGUCGUUCACAUCAGCACCUGCAAAUGACACUGCUGCCGACUAUCUGGCUCCGAACAAGAUGUUCGACCUCAGCAACAAGGUUGCUCUCGUCACCGGAGGAGGCACGGGCAUCGGACUGAUGCAAGCUCGUGGCCUUCGUGCUGCCGGCGCCAAGGUCUACAUUGUCGGACGAAGAGAAGACGUGGUGGUGCAAACGGCCAAGGUACACGGAUCAGAAGAUGGACCCAUCAUCCCUCUUGUCGCCGAUGUUUCCACCAAGGAGGGCUGCGUCUCUCUCGCCAGCGAAUUCAGUAAGCACGAGCAGAAGCUCGACAUCCUCAUCUCCAACGCAGGCCAGGUUGGACCACUCAACGAAGGCUCAACCACGAUUGAUGCUUCGGGCAAGUCGCAUCCGGAGCAUCGCGACGAACGCCUCUCGGCAGAUGAGUUCGCCAACAAGUCGCUCGAAGACAACACGCCCGACGACUGGGACCGACUCUUCCGCAUCAACGUUUACGCGACCUACUUUCUCAGUCUCGCUUUCUUGCCUCUGCUUGCCAAAGGCAGCGAAGCUACCAAGGGCUGGUCCUCCACCAUUCUCACCACCGGCAGCAUUUCAGGCAUCGUCAAGCAGUCGCAGCAUCACGUCUCGUACAAUGCAUCCAAGGCGGCAGUCCACCAUGUGACCAAGAUGCUCGCUUUUGAGGUCGCGGCCACCACCACGGCCAAGAUUCGCAUCAAUGCUGUUGCACCCGGCACCUACGCGUCCGAGAUGACAGCGAGCGACAAGGACGACGAGACCAACAUGUCGAGCUUGAGGAGCAAGAUGGAUGUCAUGUCGCUGCCUGCACGUCGUCCUGGCCGAGAAGAGGACAUGGUGCAGACCACGCAGUUCCUCGCCAGCUGCCAGUAUCUCAAUGGCCAGAUCCUCUGCGUUGACGGUGGUUACACGCUCACUGAGCCCUGA